ACCAGAGGUAAGAGAGCGGAUGCCGGUGGAUGUUAAUGCUCCUGAACACUUUCAUCAUGGCACACAAACUCGCUCUUCUCUGCCUGUUUGCUCUUCAGUCUGUUUCUCUCUUGGCCAUCACUCAGUAUCCUGCAGUAGUGAAGGUGUUUUGUGGUGAAAACGUCUCACUGACCUGUGAUACAGCGGACGUUUUGUCCGUAUGUGAUUCACUCUUAUGGUUUAAAGUGGACCAGAGAAGCGCAGAGUUGAAGAUGACCACCGCUGUUUACACUGAUCAGAGCCAGAAGCCAUGUGUGGGAUUCAUCUAUAACGCGAGCGUGGCUGAUUCAGGAGUUUACUACUGCUCCAUAAAACACAGCGUCAUGUUCUACAUGGGCAAAGGCUCCACCGUCAUCGUUACAGAGUGUCAUCCUCGUCCCAUCGUGACUCUGUAUGUGCCGGACACCGACACCAGACCCUCGGUCUCUCUGCAGUGUGUGGUGAUGGGGGUCGUCCCGGCUGAAGCCAGGGUUUUCUGGGUCAUAGGUGAAUCAGAGAUGACCGGGUGGACGGAGUCGAGCUGGACACACACCAACCACAUGGCUAAAGAAUACACGCGCUCUCAUAUCAGCAUUCCAUCACAGAUCUGGAUGGAGGCUCAGAACGUGGAGUGUGUGGUGGAGGUGGACGGCAGACGUGUCUCAAAAUCCAUCAAACAAGGCUCCAAGCAGCUGUGUUCCCUGUUGCUGUAUUUGUGCUCCAGUGUUGCCCUCGUUGUCAUUAUCGGGUUUAUUGUCGCUCUUGUUUACGUAAAUUUGGCAGGACGGUGUCGCAUGGGUACGAGAUCAAUCCAACCUCACUCCAAGCGACACAAUGGAGGCAGGAGGACAGAAAAUAAACAUCAGGAACAUCAGGAAGUGCAGUACGCAAGGGUGGAACUGACCAGUAACAGACAACCAGGAAGUGCCACCUUAAACAAAAACGUGUUAAACGUGAGUGAGUGAGUGAGUGAGUGAUUGAGUGAGUGAGUGAUUGAUUGAGUGAGUGAUUGAGUGAUUGAGUGAUUGAGUGAGUGAGUGAGUGAGUGAUUGAGUGAGUGAGUGAGUGAGUGAGUGAGUGAGUGAGUGAUUGAGUGAGUGAGUGAGUGAGUGAGUGAGUGAUUGAGUGAGUGAGUGAGUGAGUGAGUGAGUGAGUGAGUGAGUGAGUGAUUGAGUGAGUGAGUGAGUGAGUGAGUGAUUGAGUGAGUGAGUGAGUGAGUGAGUGAGUGAGUGAUUGAGUGAGUGAGUGAUUGAGUGAGUGA